AUCCUAAACGGUUCUGUUCAAACCAUACAAUGGCGACACCAGUCCAUUCAACUUCAAAACCUGCUCAGAUCCCUGCCUUGACCAGUCCCCAUGCUGGUCAGAAGAAGGACAAGAAGCAAAAACCUCAGGUCACAGAGGGUGGUCAUCCAUUAGAAUUGCAACCGAAACCCGAGUUUUUCGACCAUCGAAUUCAAAUGUUCGAACAGCUAAAGGCUGAAUACGACGAAUGGGUCAAAGCUCAACCCCGCGAGGAAAUCACCGUCACCCUUCCCGAUGGCUCAGAACGUAAAGCAACCAGCUGGGACACCAGCCCCAUGGACGUCGCAAAGGAGGUCUCCAAGAGCUUGUCCGAAAAGGUUGUCAUUGCCAAAGUUGACGACGAGCUCUGGGAUUUGGAACGGCCACUUGAAAAGUCGUGUAAACUCGAGUUGUUGGACUUUGACCAUCCCGAAGGCAAGAAGGUCUUCUGGCACUCGUCCGCCCACGUCCUUGGUGAAGCUGCUGAACGUCACUAUGGCUGCCACCUCUGCCUCGGCCCUCCCACCGACGACGGUUUCUUCUACGAAAUGGCCAUCAACGACCGAGUCGUCACCAACGCCGACUACCCCGCCCUCGAAAAGAUCAGCGAAAGCGCAGUCAAGGAGAAGCAGAAAUUCGAACGUCUCGUCGUGUCCAAGGAAAAGCUUUUGGAAAUGUUCCAUUACAACAAGUACAAAAAGUACCUCAUCGAGACAAAGGUUCCUGACGGCACCUCCACCACCGUCUACCGCUGCGGACCCAUGAUCGAUCUCUGCGUCGGCCCUCAUAUUCCCCAUACCGGCAAGAUCAAGGCGUUCAUGGUCACCAAAAACUCUUCGUCCUAUUUCCUCGGUGAUUCCAACAACGAUACCCUCCAACGUAUCUACGGUAUUUCCUUCCCCGACAAGAAGCAGUUGUCCGAAUACAAGAAAUUUUUGGAGGAGGCUGCUAAACGCGACCACAGGAAGAUUGGCAGGGAGCAAGAGUUGUGGUUCUUCAAUGACCUCAGUCCUGGAAGCUGCUUCUGGUUGCCUCACGGCACCAGGAUCUACAACACCUUGGUCGAGUUGAUGCGAGAAGAGUACUUUAAGCGUGGAUACCAAGAAGUCAUCUCACCCAACAUGUACAACUCAAAACUCUGGGAGACCUCGGGUCACUGGCAGAACUACAAGGAGGACAUGUUCACUCUCGAUGUUGAGAAGGAAAAGUGGGCGUUGAAGCCCAUGAACUGCCCCGGUCACUGCUUGAUUUUCGACUCGAGAGAUCGAAGUUACAAGGAGUUGCCUAUCAGGAUGGCCGAGUUUGGUAUCAUCCACCGUAACGAGGCCAGCGGGGCGCUCACUGGUUUGACCCGUGUGAGGCGGUUCGUCCAGGAUGAUACCCACGUCUUCUGCAUGCCUUCCCAGCUCGAGGACGAAAUCAGCGCCCUCUUUGACUUUAUGCGACAUAUCUACGGCUUGUUCGGUUUCGAAUUCCACCUUGAACUCUCGACCCGUCCCGAGAACUUCCUCGGAGAGAUCGAGACCUGGAAUCAAGCUGAAGAUCAACUCAAGCAAGCACUCGAGAAACACUACCCUGGUCAAUGGGAGCUCAACCCCGGAGAUGGCGCUUUCUACGGUCCCAAGAUCGACAUUACCAUCCGCGACGCCUUGAAGCGCUCCUUCCAAUGCGCCACCAUCCAGCUCGACUUCCAACUCCCUGAACGCUUCAACUUGAAAUACCGAAGUGCGGAUGAGAGCGAAUUGACUCGCCCUGUCAUCAUCCACCGUGCGAUUUUGGGCAGCUUGGAGCGUUUUGUUGCGAUUGUCACUGAACAUUUUGCUGGCAAGUGGCCGUUCUGGCUCUCGCCGAGGCAGAUCUUGGUUAUCCCCGUUGCUGCGCCUUAUAAAGAGUAUGCGGCGGAGAUUGCUAAUCGCCUUACUUCGCUUGGUCUCUACGCCGAUGUAGACAAUGGAGAGAAUACCCUUCCCAAGAAGAUUAGAAAUGGAGAGAUUGCGCAAUACAACUUUAUUCUUGUUGUUGGUCAGGAAGAACUCGAUGCUCGCUCUGUCAACGUUCGCAACCGUGAUGACGUUGGUACCAAGGCCAAGGGCCAGAUGGUCCCCCUUGAGACUGUUAUUGAACAGUUUGUGUCGUUGAAGAAGGAGAGGAGGUUGGAGAACAAGUUGUUGUAG